UUAUAAAAUUUUAAAUACAUUAAAUCGUCGUCCCGUGUGCAAAAAAUCAUUCUUGAACUUUGUGAUUAAAUCAACAAGUAAUAUUAACUAGAUAUGACUGAAGGAUCUAUAAUAACUUGUCUUGCUGCUGUUGCUUGGGCACCAAAGGAACCGCUAAAAAUUGAGAAAAUUCAAGUUGAGCCCCCAAGAGCAGGAGAAGUUAGAGUUAAAAUUUAUGCUACCGGAGUUUGUCAUACUGAUGCAUAUACACUAAGUGGUAUUGAUCCAGAAGGUCUAUUUCCAUGCAUUUUGGGUCAUGAAGGUGCUGGAAUUGUGGAAUCAGUUGGCGAAGGAGUCACACAGUUUAAGGCUGGAGAUCAUGUCAUUCCACUGUAUACACCUCAAUGUAAGGAAUGUAAUUAUUGCUUGAACAAGAAAACAAAUCUGUGCCAGAAAAUUCGUUUGACUCAAGGACGUGGUCUGAUGCCUGAUAAUACAAGCAGAUUUAGCUGCAAUGGAAAGACACUGUAUCAUUUUAUGGGAUGCUCAACAUUCAGUGAAUAUACAGUUGUUGCUGAAAUUUCAAUUUGUAAAAUUGCUGAUGCAGCACCACUCGAUAAAGUCUGUUUAUUAGGAUGUGGAAUUCCAACUGGAUAUGGAGCAGCUAUUAAUACAGCCGGCGUUGAAAAAGAUUCUGUUUGCGCUAUAUGGGGACUUGGUGCUGUUGGAUUGGCUGUUAUUAUGGGCUGUAAAGAUGCCGGUGCGAAGAAAAUCAUUGGAAUUGACAUUAAUCCAGAUAAAUUUAAUGUAGCAAAGAGUUUUGGUGCUACAGAUUUUGUCAAUCCAAAGGACUUAGGUGACAAGACAAUCCAAGAAUAUCUAUUUGAUAAUUUUGAUCAAGGACCUGAUUAUACAUUUGAAUGCAUUGGAAAUGUCCAAACUAUGCGUCAAGCUUUAGAAAGUGCUCAUAAAGGAUGGGGAGUAAGUGUUAUUAUCGGAGUAGCUGGAGCUGGCCAAGAAAUUUCAACUCGUCCAUUCCAACUUGUUACUGGUCGUGUCUGGAAAGGAACAGCAUUCGGUGGAUACAAGAGUGUUGAAAGUGUCCCAAAAUUAGUCGAUCGCUAUCUUGCUAAGGACUUUAAAAUUGAUGAAUUUAUUACACAUGAUUUACCAUUGGAUAAGAUUAAUGAGGCAUUUGAUUUGAUGCAUGACGGAAAGAGCAUUCGAGCUAUAAUUCACUUAAAUUAAAUUUAUUUGUGCUAAUUUUUUUAUGAAUUUUUAUGGGUUCUAAAUACUGUCGAUAUACUCACGACUUUUGAAUGAUAAUAAAAAAGUUGUUAAUCAAG